AUGAAGAAAUUGAGCGCGCGAGAAUUGAUUUGGACUCUGAUUCUGGUUUUUUGGACUGGAGUUAAUGGUGAGCUCGAAACUUCUGUAGAAUCCCACAUGGAUUUUCAAAUAUGAAGGAAUUCCACGGGAUCUAGAUAUCUGAAAAAUUGUUCCUUUUUUAAAGAAAAUUUUUGAAAUUUAUUUCUGGUGCUAAAAAUUGUAUGCUUUUUUCCAAAGCUUCAAGUUUUGUUCCAGAAAAUCUGGGAAAAAAUUUGAAGGCCACGAAAGGAAUUCCACGUGUUUUUUUUUUGCAAAAAAAUCUAAAAACUUCCUUUUUCCAGCACAAGUUCCCGAUUAUUGUCCACCACAUCCAAUUUACGGAAAAAUUCCCGAAGAAGAUUGCGCCCAGCCAUCUGAUCCAAAUGAUCUACCAAAAUCAGGACUCGAAAAAUGGUUCACCAAAGAGAUGUUUGAGGAUCUAUUUCCCAAAUCAAACAUCGGUUUGGGACCUCAUCCAUGUCUACCGUACUCCUACGAAUCUCUAAUAAUCGCUUCGAGAUAUUUUCCGGGUUUUGGAAGUUCGGCGCCGAAUAAGCAGUUCAAAUCGGAUGAGCAUAAAAAGCGAGAUGUUGCCGCGUUUUUUGCGCAUGCUUUGCAAGAAACUGGAGAAAAUGAUGUGUCGGUUUAUAAGUGA